CCUGGUAUCUUGUGUACUUAGUUAUGUUAGAAUUUUGAGAAGAACAUCACCUCUUUGUUCCUUGCUCUUUAACCACCACGCUUUCGGAUCCCUGCAACAUCCUUGUUUUCUAAUUCUCUGGUUCUUGCUAUAGACAACAUUAUGAGUCACGGUAAUUAUGGCGGUUAUGGUGGAGGCGGCGGCGGCGGCGGCUACGGUGGUGGCGGCGGCGGCGGAUGGGGCGGUGGUGGCGGCUAUGAAGACAAAAUGGGAGGCUUGGGCGGUGGCCUGAGAACGAUUGAUUGGGGGUCGCAAAAGCUCGAGCGUUUUGAGAAGAAUUUCUACGUCGAGGACAAGCGUGUUUCAGCUAUGACUGACAGAGAGGUGGAAGACUUCCGGAAGACCAAAGAAAUAAAGGUUCAAGGACGAGGUGUUCCCAGACCUGUCACAUCUUUUGACGAGGCAGGGUUUCCUGAAUAUAUUUUGGCGUCAAUUCGUGCACAAGGCUUUGCCGCGCCAACUCCCAUUCAAUGUCAAGCAUGGCCUAUGGCACUGAGUGGCAGAGAUGUGGUUGCGAUCGCUCAAACAGGGAGUGGGAAAACGAUUUCCUUUGCUCUGCCUGCCAUGCUUCACAUCAAUGCUCAACCUUUACUUGCGCCAGGCGAUGGUCCGAUCGCACUUGUCCUUGCGCCCACCCGUGAGCUUGCUGUACAAAUUCAGCAGGAGUGCACGAAGUUUGGGUCGAGCUCUCGCAUCCGUAACACUGCCAUUUACGGUGGCGCUCCAAAAGGUCCUCAAAUUCGUGACCUGCAACGUGGCGUUGAGGUUGUGAUCGCCACUCCUGGACGGCUCAUUGAUAUGCUGGAGACAUCAAAGACCAAUCUUCGUCGCGUCACAUAUUUAGUCAUGGAUGAGGCCGAUCGCAUGUUGGACAUGGGUUUUGAGCCCCAGAUACGCAAGAUUGUAUCUCAGAUUCGCCCUGAUCGUCAGACACUGAUGUUUAGUGCUACGUGGCCGAAGGAUGUGCAGAAACUCGCAAAUGACUUUUUAAAAGACAUGAUUCAGGUCAACAUUGGGUCUAUGGAACUCACUGCCAACCACAACAUUCAGCAGAUUGUCGAAGUCUGCAGCGACUUCGAGAAGCGUGCUAAGCUGAUCAGGCAUCUUGAUCAGAUCAGCUCUGAGAACGCUAAGGUACUUAUAUUUGUCGGGACGAAACGCGUCGCGGACGACAUCACCAAAUACCUUCGCCAAGACGGCUGGCCAGCUCUCGCCAUUCAUGGCGACAAAGAACAGCGGGAACGUGAUUGGGUUCUAGGGGAAUUCAAGGCGGGUCGCUCACCCAUAUUGAUUGCCACGGACGUUGCGUCCCGUGGUUUAGAUGUCAAGGAUGUCGGAUAUGUAAUUAACUACGACUUCCCAAACAACUGUGAAGAUUAUAUCCAUCGUAUUGGCCGUACGGGACGUGCCGGCAUGAAAGGUACCUCAUACACGUACUUCACUACCGAUAACUCGAAGUCUGCUCGCGAGUUGAUAUCCAUCUUGCGUGAGGCGAAGGCCGAUGUACCACAACAACUAGAAGAAAUGGCCAUGUACAGUGGAGGAGGGGGAGGUCGCAGUCGUUAUGGCGGCGGAGGCCGCGGUCGCGGUGGAGGCGGCAGAUAUGGUGGCGGCGGUGGAGGCGGCGGCGGCGGUCAUGGCGAAUAUGGCGGUGGCAGAGAUCGGUGGUAGGCUUGACGACUUCUUGGUCUGGAUACAUAGACAUCUCCCAUAUCCCUCUUAAUCAUGAUUUUGUUACCAUUUCUUCACCAAACACAUUGAAAACAACGUGUUCGCUUUUGGUUACGUCUCAUCUAAGAACUCAAACUCAACGGGA